AUGACAUCACUGAAGAAUACCACAAAAAGGGAGACCCGCUACGAGGCUGUGGCCGUGGUCCGGCCUGGAGAUGAUGCAGCCUGGCGCAGAGGAUGUGUCGAGGUGAAGCUGAAAGAUGGGGCAAACCCAGAACUCAUCUCUCUAGAGGCUGUCUACCAGCCUCUCUGGAGGUGUCCCCACUGGUCCCGGCGGCUCUGGGCGGUGGGGAGGAGGGCCCGGCCUUUCCCACAGCUGCUGGCGUCAGUGCAACUACACGGCCGGCCCGCUGCCUGGGCCUGGGCUCCUGUUCCAACAGGACCCGGACUUCAGGCAACCGCAGGGCGGGGAGCGUGCACGGUGAGGGACAUCCCAGCUCCUUCUUCGGCGCCAGCACGUCAAGCCGGGGCCAGAACGCCAGCCGCCGGCCCCGCACCCGGCCGCCUCCCGGCGCCCGGCCACAUCCGUGUGCAGGACCGCCUCCCCGCAACAGUCAGGGCCGAGCAGCUGCCCGAGGAGCAGGUGGCCGAGUUCAAGGAGGCCUCCUCCCUGCUCGAUGAGGACGGGGAUGGCGCCAUCAGCACGCGGGAGCGGGGUACCGUCCUGCGGUCGCCGGGCCAGAACCCCACUGAGGCCGAGCUCCGGGACCUGGUGGGCGAGCUGGACCGCGACGGCAGCAGCACCGUGGGCUUCCCCGAGCUCCUGGGCCUAAUGGCCCGGAAGGUGAAGGGCAGGGACGCCGAGGACCAGAUCCAGGAGGCCUUCUGCGUCUUCGGCAAGGACGGCCACGGCCUGAUGGGCGUGGCCGAGCUGCGGCACGUGAUAACCCGGCUGGGCGAGAAGCCGAGCGACCAGGAGGUGGACGAGAUGAUCCGGGCGGCAGACGUGGACGGGGACGAGCUGGUGCACUACGAGGAGUUCGUGCGCUUGCUGGUCUCCAAGGGAGGCCGCAGCCCCCUACCCCACCCCCACCCAGGGUGUCCGGGCUCCGCGCGUGGCGCUGGAGGACCUGCCUCCGUUCCCCCCGCCCCUCCGGGCACUGCUCCUUCUCUGCUGGUUGACCUGAUCCAGCUGUCUGCCCCCCUUUCCUCUCCUCAUUCCUGCCUACCUCCCCCACCUUCUCCUUGCCGAGGAUGACACAGGCCGCUCCCAAGCCCAGCAAACCCCAGAUGUUACAUCCCUCGGGAGCAGAAGCUCAGGGACGUCCCUGUGCACCGACCAGAGCAGGAGGACGGUCACAGCCUCACUGGCCGCUCAUGCCCCAGGGAGGGCGCAGUGUGACCUCCGGGGGCCCUCCACGUGGAAUCCCUAAAGCGCACCGGGCACCUCCAUCUGCUGUGGAUUCGGGCGGAGGGAGGGACCAGGGCCCUGGGGUGAGGGGCGCUCUUGGAGGCUGACAACCAGGGUCUGGCCUCCUGAGAAACACCACCUCCCUUCCCCGCCCCCCAUUCCCCUGCACUCCCUUGUUCCCUUCUGUCUCUGUGCCAAACCGCAGUGAUUUCUCUCUUAAAGCUGGGAGUCAGUUGUAACACGUUUGUAUUCACCUUCUUGGAGGGAAAUUUGAAAGGGAGAGAGAGGCCACAGGGGAAUAGAGAAAGCGUCUGUUUUUCUCUGGUUCCAACGGAAAUGAUCCUUGUUAAGUCCAGGGUUUAAAAGAGGCAGGAAUCUCUCUUUUUGUGCUUUUUGGAAGUGCGGUGAAAUCUUGUAUUGAUGGGCAUAGCGAACAGAGAGGAGUCUAGGCAAGAUAAAUCUUGAGUAUUUAUGUCAAAUAAAAUGGAGAAGUUGGCAGCAAAGGGUGGUUAAAAAUCCAUGUAGAGCUCCUAAGAUCUGAGUCGAUUAUGGUGGGGAAGGAACACUGGUCUGUGUUCAUGGAUUUCUUACAUUCAUGAUCGAGUUGUUGGGAAGUGCGGCUUGAAGAAAGUGAGGGCUGGAGAGGGCCCGUGUGGUGCAAAAGCAAGAGACAGUGCUUCCCGCAUUAAACCCUGGAUCCCAGAGGUGGCAUCAGAUAACCCAAAGGCCGAAGGGGCUUGUCAGAGAUUAUUUCAGUGUUUUCGUGGGGUGGACACUACAGCUGGGGUCAUCAGAGAGGGCUGCCAGCCCUGGGACAGUCACGGAGCAGCUGGCCCAUCUUGACAAGUUCUCUUUCCUGACACCCUCCCCACCAUGCACGUUUCCUCAUAUGUAAAGGGAAGAGCAUGGGCUCUGGGGCCGGACAGACUGGGAUUGUAGUUAUUGCUGCCCUGCCGAUUGGGCCCAAAUCACUCGUCCUCCCCGUGGUGACAGCUGACACUCUGGCAGCCCUUCCUGGGCGCCGGGCCCUGCUGUGAGCACACUGCCUGUGCAGUGACUCACUACCACCCUUCGGGGGGCCACCCUUUGCAGCUUCCCCAUCUACAGAUGAGGAAGCCGAGACCCCAAGAGCUUAAGAAAGCAGCCUGUCCCACAGCUGGUAAGGGGCAGAGCUGGAGUUGGAUGCAGGUCUGUGCCCCUGAUCUCACUCACAGCCUCCCCAGAGCUCCGUGGCCUCCACCGUGACCUGAUGAUGAGAAUCGCACCUCCUCCAGCACUUGAGGAUCAGAAAUCAUCUUAACAUGCCUGGCAUGCAGUAGGUGCUUAAUAAAUGACAGCUACCAUUGCUAUCAUCCUUCCAGCACCAACACUCUGUAUUUCCACCCCUCGGAACAGUCC